UUUUUAAUUCAAAACCUUACCUCUCUCUCUCUCUCUUGUCGGAAAACUCAGAAGCUUCGAAAAUGAGGACAUGUACGGAAGAGGAGAAAGUCCUUUUGAUCUCUCAUCACAAUCAAGAUCAAGAAGACGAAGAAGCGUUAUCUCUGUGUGAUUUGCCGGUGAAUUUAUCUAACGAGAAAGUUGAGCUUCCGAAACAAUCAAAGGAAGAAGAGGAGUUCCAAUUUAAAACCGGGUCAUCGUUUCGUCUCGGGUCGGAUUCAUGUGAGCCAGCUCCUGAGAUGAGUACCGCGGACGAACUAUUCUCCGAAGGGCUAAUCCUCCCGUUUCGUCACUCCGUCAGCUUAGACGCGGGACUUCCCGGUUCGAACCGGUUAAUUUCCAGAUCCGAAUCGGUCGACUUCCGGAGAACCGGAGCCGGUUCUAACCGGAAAAUUGAAAAUAACUUCAUCGACUACAGUCAACCGAGUCCACAGCCACAGAUCAGACGAUCGUCGAGCAUGACGGCGAGAGUGAAUUCAAUCAGAAACCACAAAUCAUCUUCGAUUUGGGACUUUCUCCGGUUAGGUCUCGUCCGUACGCCGGAGAUCGAACUUCGAACGGCGAAAGUAUCAGUGAGUCGAAACAGUAGCUGCAGUAGCACAAGCACGAGCUCGAAUUCGAAGAAAACAGAAUCGAGAUCGAGUAACCGGAGGAGAAGCUUUCUGUUCGGGGAUUUUAGGUGCUCCGCGGCGGCGACGGAGACGAUUGUACCUGUGAAGAUCAAUGUCUCCGGCGAGACGGAGAAGAAGAAGACGGCGAAGAAUGAGGAGAAAACGGCGGUUGCGCGGAAGAGAACGUUUGAGUGGUUAAAAGAGUUAUCACAGGUAGGGUUUGUUGUUGAUCAUGGGAGACGAAGCUUGGCUUGAUGAUCACGCAAUCAAAGAAACUUCCUGUUUCUCUGUUUCACUUUCCUGUCUUUUUUUUUCUUAAAUAUUUUAAUGUUUUUUCUCUGUUUUUUUUUUUGGACGACUAAUGUUUUUUAUCUGUUUAAUCAAUUUGUAGGUGAUUAAUUUUUGUAUGUUAGUGUUGAUUGCCAAUUAUACUUUAGUUUUCCAAAUGAUUUAUGUUUUUCUUUAAAAAAUCA